AUGAAGAGUGAAAGUCUGCAGUGGACAGUUCAGCUCCUGACGCCCGAGUCCGAAGAGAAUGCAGGCACAGCCACGUGCCGCUUCUGCCUGCGACAGCGCGGCCUCUGCCUGGCACUGGGGGCCUUGCUGGCCGCAGAUGUGGGCGCCUCGCUGGUUCUUUUUGCCGCAGGGCGCAAGGAGGUGAUGCUGCUCUGCAUCCUCCGCGGCGUGCUUCUGGCCGUUGGCUUCGCUCUCGCCGUGAAGAUGGGCCUAGGCGUCUGGAGCUGCGCCUGCUGCGACGCGCAGCCCGCCAGGGAUCAGCAGCUCCCCAACAACGAAGCCGCCGUGUCCGUGUCCGGAAGCUUCACUAGUGCAGUCCAAAACCUUGCAGAACUGGAGCGCCAGCGUGCUGCUGUCGCCACACGGGAGGCUCACAGCUGGAAGCGAAACGUGGUUCUGGCCAUCUGCUUCGUAGGUAUCACCGUGCAGUCCGUCUAUGCCGGCAUUCAGGUGCUCACCUGGGCGGACGAGACUCCCACCGACGCGUUCUGCUUCACGCUCGUGGUGGCGUGCAUGAACGCGGAGUUUUUUCUUGUGAAGCUGCUCGUGGAGCGACUGACCGAAGAGGAGGGCGUUCUCCUACCAGGCGUUCACGAGCACAGGCUCUACUACCAGAAGGUCGCCGAGAUCGCACACUGCAAGGUCUGCCGCGAGCGCAUCGGCCAGCGGACCGGGGGGCACGAGGGCUUCAAAUGCCGCGAGUGCGAUUCGAGCGGUGGUGGCGGAAGGGGUCCCAUGGGCGGUGGUGGCACCUUCUGGGUGUGCCUUACAUGCUACAGGAAGUCGCAAAACACCAAUACGCAGGAGGGCAUCCUCCGAGGGGACAAAGGGCCCAAGUAUGUGCCAGAGCUCACCAGCUGGGAGUACUUCAAGCGCGCGCUGAACCUCUGCAAGCCCUUUCGGACGGUGUUGCAGUGCGCAGUCGCCUGCACCAUCAUCACCCAGGUCGGCCGGGUGCUGCUUCCCCGGUUCCAGGGCGACAUCAUCAACAGCCUCAUCGACCAGAACAGAGAGGUCUUCUCGUCCAAGCUGCUCACGUACCUGCUGCUAUCCAUCUUCACCAUGCUCUUCGGGUCUGUCCAGAGCGUUUGCGUGGAGAUCGUGCAGAGGAGGAUUACGUGCGACACACGGACGGUUAUGUUCGAGAGCCUCGUCAAGCAAGACAUCGCCUUCUUCGAUGGCACGAUGACAGGCCAACUCACGUCGAGGAUGACGAACGACGUGGCGGCCGUUGUGCAGCCGGUUCGACAGAUCUUGAACACCUUCUUGACUAGCAUCCUCCGCUUGAUCGGGGGCCUCUUCAUGUGCCUGUUCACAUCCUGGAAGCUGACUGUUCUGGCCGCCACGAUGAUUGGUCCGGUGGUGUACCUCACCGGCGUCUACGCCAAGUGGUCCAAGCAGCUGAACAUGGCCAUCCGCGUCAACAUGGCUGAUGCGAACGCUGUUUCUACCGAGGCGCUCCGGAACAUCCGCACGGUGCGCUCCUUUGGGGCGGAUUCGCUGGAAGUCACUGCUUUCCGCCGGCACAUAGACCAGGCACUUCACGGAGGCAUGAAGGACGCGUACGCCUCUGCUGGGGUGUCUGCUAUCACGCAGUAUCUGGACUUUGCUGCCACCAUCCUGAUUCUGUGGUAUGGUGGCUUUGCCGUGCUUGGCGAUGGCCAGCAGGGGCUUCUGAUCGGCCACCUCAUCACCUUCAACCUUUACUGGAACAUGCUCAAUACCUCGAUCACCAACCUCAAUGGGAUGCUGAACACCCUGGUGAAGGCAGCAUCGGCUGCGCAGCGCGUGUUCGAGAUCAUCGACCUUGAGCCGGACAUCCCUGGCGAUGACGGCGACGUGGACCUCCCGAGGGGCAAGCCCUGCAGCAUCGACUUUGAGGCCAUCAAGUUUCUCUACCCCAUGCGACCGGAGAACGUGGUCCUUCAAAGCUGCAGCUUUAGCAUAGGUGCUGGCCAGACGGUGGCGGUUGUUGGCCGCAGCGGGGCUGGAAAGAGCACUUUGGUGGGCUUGCUGCUGCGGUUCUACGACCCAAAAGGUGGCCACAUCCUGGUCAACGGGCGGCCCCUGACGGAGUACAACUUACGCCUCUACCGCAAGCGCGUGGGCGUUGUGUCGCAGGACACCCAGGUCUUUUGUCGGUCCAUCCUGGAGAACUUGACGUAUGGACUUGAACCAGGCGAGGUGCCGCCAACUGACGACAUCGUGUCUGCAUCGAAGGCAGCGAAUGCCCACACUUUCGUGGAGGAGCUGGCGGCCAUCCCCCUGUCGGAGCUGAGCAGUGUCGACAAGCUGAAGAAACUGCUACAUCAGCGGGCAGGAGUGCCAAAGUUUCGGCAAAACCUAGUACACGGCAGCGAGAUCUUAGAAGAUCAUACCAGGUUGGCGUCGUUGGAGCCGCCUCUCGACUUGCAGCUCGUGGUGCUUCCCUUUGUGACGUCUUCCACAGAAGAGGUGCGCUCCUUCAUCGAAUGGGCACUAUGGGGCUGGGAGCGUCGAGUCCUCGAGAUGGCAAGAUGCCGCCACGACCCAAACCAGGUCGCAGACGUCGAAAACGAGCGCCAGUCGCCUGUUCAGGCCGCUUCGAAGAGGGGCCACACGAGGGUACUCCGGUUAUUGCUGGAUGCUGGUGGCGACCGGGACUGUGCUCUACGAGCUGCAAGUGGAGCUGGCCAUGUGCAGAUUGUCCGCAUGCUGCUAGAUGCGCCUCGCACGGCCGAGGGCCUGACCAGUCACGGUAUUCGCAGAAGCCUCGUUGCUGCAUCAUCUUGCGGCCAGGAGCAUAUAGUGUGCUUGCUGCUGGACGCCGGUGCGUUGGACUUCUCUGACAGAGGCUGGCGAAAGACGCUGGCGCUCGCGCUCGUGGCUACGUAUGUGUCUUCCGACAGGUUCUCGGUGGCUAUAUUUGUCGCCCUUCCCCUCGUCGUGAUCGUGCAGCCCACCUAUGAAGCAAUGCUGUGCAUGCAGCUGCUAUUGCUGUCAAUGCCGUGGACAACUUUUCGUUUGGGACCCGGAUCGGGUCCAUCCCGGCCCGCAAUCCUCACAGCCCUGUUGCCCCCAAUCAUGCUGUCAUUCCAGUCAUCGCUUCGAGUGCCAUUCUUGGUGCUCCUGCUGGUGCUGGUCUUUGUCUGGCCCACCCAGAUGAUGCGUCUUCUGUUCUCAGCUUCUUUUUCGCGGGCGAGGGUGCGCUACCGCGAAGGGAGGCAGACGGAGGUCCUUCAGCCCUCUCAGGCCUGUUAA